AAAGCUGGCACUCCUCCUGGUUGCACAAUAGUCAACAUGGGUGUGGCUUUUCCAGAGAACUGAGAGUGAUAAAACAGAAAGAGGCUGCAGUCAUGGCAUCGCCUUCAUACUCUGAAGAUCUGAAUUGCCCUCUCUGUCUGAGCCUCUUCAACAGUCCUGUGGUUCUCCCGUGCGGACACUCCUUCUGCAGCCCGUGCAUCACGGAGGCGCUGGGCUCACAGCAGCAGUGCCCUCUGUGUCGCUCUGCUGUUGCAGCCGAAGAAGCAAAAUGUCUGCCUGCCAACCUGAUCCUGAAGAGCCUCGUGGAAAAGGCCCAGAGAGAAGAGCAGGCAGCAAAGGCGGCCGGGAUGUGCCCUGAGCACGAAGAAAAGUUUAAGCUCUUCUGCCUCACUGAUCUGCAACUGGCCUGCAUCAUAUGCAGAGAUGGAGAAAAACAUGAAGGACACAGGUUCAAACCCAUCAGAGAAGCUGCUCAGUCACUGAGGACCGACCUGGAGAUGUUUCUCCAAAGUGUUGCUGAGGACAUCAACGUCAUGGAACAGCUCGCCAAGGCUCAGCAGGAGAAUUUAAGGGUGACCGGAGAGAAGUCAAAGCAGCUGAUGGUCCAGAUCGGUCGGCAGUUUCAGGAGAUGCACCAGUUCUUGAGAAAGAGAGAAGAUGAGAUAAAGAACGAGCUGAAAUGCCAAGAGGCAGAUGGAGUCGAGAAAAUGAAGGAGGCGUUGACCACGAUGGAAACAGCUCUGUGCCAGAGCACAGAGCUGCAAAGCAAAGCGGCCUCAGUCCUGAAGAUCACCGACCCGGAGAAGUUCCUGAGGAAAUGGACCGAAGGAGGAAGCACGAUGACCCGAGAGAGCCUGUUCAAAUCCAGAACCAACACGCUCCAGGUGGUGAACAGGGAGUUGUGCUUGGAGCAGCAUGAAAGCCACCUGCAGCUCUUCAUGUGGAAGGAGAUGCUUCAGAUGAUCACACCCCGAGAAGAACGCCUGACUCUCAAAAGCAGCAGUCCUCAUGUUGCCGUGAGUGAUGAUGGCCGCAGUGUGUUUAGUGGAGCCACUGCACAGCAGUCACAGGCGUCAGGAUUUGGACAACCAGGAGUUUCUGCUGGAAUAUUUGCACAAAGUUCUGGGAGGAGAAGGGAAGUUGCCGGAUUUUCAUUUGGAAAUUUACAAACAAUAAAUCAUAGUCACGUAGGCAGUUUAUUUGGAAACACAUCUUCGUUUGAAAAUUUUAAUGAUGCCAAUGUUUUUGGGGUUUCCUCCAAAACAACUGGGAUAUUUGGAGACUCCUCUUCAGAAGUCCCCAAAUAUCCCACCUUCAGCACCACUGAGUUCAUGACAGGCCAGCACUACUGGGAAAUAAACGUGGGAAACAGAGAAUUCUGGGAGGUUGGAAUUGAGAACUACUAUCUUCAGUACAAAGAGCAAAAAUAUGCUGCUUGUGGUCAAAAUAUAACUCGGGAGCUUGAAUUUGAGAACAAACCUCAAAAGAUCGGCAUUUACUUAAACUUCUGCUCCAACAAGCUGAUUUUCUUUGAUGCAGACAACACGAGGAAGAUCCAUAGCAUGAGCCUGGCCGUCAUGUCUGAGCCGGUCUCUGCCUACAUCAGCAUGACACACAGGAACCCAGACUACAGUCCUCUGACCGUCUGCUGGUUCUGAGCAGGAAAACUUUUCCAGCAUUUAUACCAUAAAAGACAAACAUUUGUCUAAAAAGAGCAUUUUCUAAAUUUGGUGCAAGUUAACUUAAAAUGUUGGAGAUUGCCGUUUCCUUCAAUUCUGUCUACAAAUAUUAGCCGCUUAGGUUUUUUUGUUUUGUUUUCAAAUUAGUAGUGAAAAAAAUAGUUUUUUAAGAGAGUUUAGAAAAUGGAAAAAUUAUUUUUUGCUACAUUAGGAAGAAUGAUGCAUGUUAAUCUAUAAUGUUGGUGUGUUUGUGGCUCUCAUGUGGUUUUUUAUCAGACCUACAGCUUUCUGUUAGUUUAGCUGUCCCCGCCCUCGCUGCCCCCCCAUUACCCUCUUUUAACCCACCCUCACAUGCUGGGCGGCUGCUUCAGGCUUAUCGCUCUUCCCCUCUGCCUCUUCCUCUUGUCAGAGCUGGAUGUGACCGAUUCAUAUAUAAAAAAAAAAAAAACUUUUUUCACAACGGUGGCUUUUCUGUUGAUUUUAUCUCCGUAGCAACAGUUUGAAUAUUUGGCCGCCUGACUGUGAAAGACAGAUCAAUGGAAUUUUCAGAAGAAUCAACAAAAGUUCAUUUUGGAUUUCCGUGGUAACAGAGGUUUUCUGUCAACCACGCCCACAUUUCUAAUAUGUACACAUAAUAGGUUUUUUUCUUUUUAUUAAUUUUAAGCCAUGGAUUCACGUGUUACAUUUUCACAAUAUGCAGGUAGAAAUAUGUGAACAACAGGGGAGGCAGCUGUUUUGAGCUCAUCACGCCAACGCCGUUUACAAUCUACAACCUAUUGUUCCAACAUUUUCUCCAAGUAGCUCCUCAAUGAUGCUCAAGGAGGUGGGAGGGGAUAGAUCAAGGGCCCCUGGCAGAAUUUUACAGUUGUAGGUGGGUCUAAAGGUGUUUUGUUUUUUUAAUUCAAUAUGGUGGCCUCUCCCUGAGGUCAAGGGUCAACCAAACUUCAGUUGUGGUUUUAAACUUAAGCUGGUGGCGUGUGUGAAAUUUUGCAAGCAUUGCUCAAAGAAAACCUUCCCCAUAUUCAUGAAAAUGUGAAAAUUGUCAGAUUUGCUACAACAUAGCCACCAAGCCAUAAGCCUGGGCCAUCCCAUAAUAUUUUAAAAAACCCUUUUAGAAAUCUCUUACACAUGUAUUUAGGUUUCAUUUGUGGAUUCUAAAAUUCCGUUUUUUGAGCCCAAGAAGACUUUCAGGUCUCUUUUUUUUUCUUUACCACUUUUUUCACUAUGAUGUCAUCAUUUUUUUUUUGGGAGGGGGGGUCGUUCGCCAUACCCAAACUUCAUUCUGCACAGGCACAUUUUGCUGAGUUCCAGCACUGCUGAGGGUCAUAAUGGAGCAGCUGACUGCUGUUAGCUUGAGGAAUCAUCUUUCUAGAAAGGAGUUCCUACCUUACCAGAGUUUAGGGCCAAAAUAAAAUCCGUCCACAGACGGCGAUGAGUGUUUUUAAAAAACAAAGGUGGAAGUUUGCUAGUGAUUUAACAUUCUUCUCAUGCUUCUGUUCGCUCCCUCAUAUUUAAAUUUACCUGUCGGUGAAAAACAUCAGGAAAUACUCAUAACUUGUUUAGAAACAACAGCGUGUUCAGAGUUAUGGGCUUUCAGUCAGAGAAAUGCUGAAACGCUGGAAGAGUCGCCAUUUCAUCUGUCCUUUUAGCUAAAUUAAAUGCUGUUUUUUAAUUUUUAUUUCAUGUUUUUGCACACUCCUAUUACUGCCUUUUUAAUAAUGCAUUUAAUCACUUUUAAUCGUUUGUACCUUUGACAUUUUUUUAUGAUUGACUGGACUACAGGUUUAGAACAAACUCUUUUUUUAUCAGUGCUGUCUGUCUGUCCGUCCAUUUUGUCUAUACUUUGUUUUCUGUUUUUAGAUUUAUGGCUUCGCUUAUUUUCAUGACAACUAAGAAUAAGUAAUCAUCAUUAGGAGCACUGCUUUUUUAAUUGACAGGUGAGACUUAACAAAACUACAAUUACUUACAUUUCCCUCCCAUUUUUUUGCACUUCAUUGGACAGGAAGAUUUGAACUCCAGUCAAUACUUAUAGGACAGCGUGUUGCUGAUUGGUUGAAAUGAAUCUCAAGUGUGUUUACUUUUGUUUGUGAUCUUUUAAACGGCUCGAUAACAGUUUCAGUUUUUGAGGUAGAAGGAACAUAAUGACUCUUUCCAAUCUUGUGACAUGAUAAAAAUUAAAUAAAAUGUAUGAAAGUUAA